CCCCGCCCCCGCCCCCGCGGGCAGUGGCCACGCGCGGCGGUUCCGCUUCCCCUCCGGCCCCGCCGCCGCCGCCCCGCCGGGUCCCGGUCCCGCCGCCGCCGCCCCGCACAGCCCCGCUCCGUCCGUCCCUCCGUCCGUCCGCCGAGGCGGCGGCGCCGCCCCACCCGGGCUUCCCCUAGCUAUUGAGAACCAUGUCUGACAACGGAGAACUGGAAGACAAGCCCCCUGCCCCUCCUGUCCGGAUGAGCAGUGCAGGGGGCAAGGACCCACUGGCGACCAACAACAGCUUUAAACCCCUGCCCUCUGUCCCAGAAGAGCGGAAACCCAGACAUAAAAUCAUCUCCAUAUUCUAUAGCAAUGAAAAAGGAAGCAAGAAGAAGGAAAAGGAAAGGCCAGAAAUCUCCCCACCAUCAGAUUUUGAACAUACCAUUCAUGUUGGCUUUGAUGCUGUUACUGGAGAGUUCACUGGAAUGCCUGAACAAUGGGCUCGGUUGCUUCAGACCUCAAAUAUCACCAAGCUAGAACAGAAGAAAAACCCCCAGGCGGUACUAGAUGUGCUGAAAUUCUACGACUCCAAAGACACAGCAAAACAGAAAUAUCUGAGUUUUUCUGCUCCAGAAAAAGAUGGUUUCCCUUCAGGAACGCCAACGACCAAUGCCAAAGGUUCAGAGCCAUCAACAGCUGUGGCAGAUGAUGAUGAGGAUGAUGAAGAAGCUCCUCCUCCUGUGAUUGCUCCAAGGCCAGAUCACACAAAAUCGAUUUACACCCGCUCUGUCAUUGACCCCAUCCCUGCCCCGGCCGGUGACUCCUGUGCUGACAGCGCCUCCAAAGCAGGGGAUAAGCAGAAAAAGAAAACCAAGAUGUCAGAUGAAGACAUCAUGGAAAAACUACGCACUAUUGUAAGCAUAGGAGAUCCCAAGAAAAAAUACACCAGAUAUGAAAAAAUCGGGCAGGGGGCUUCAGGUACAGUUUUCACAGCUAUUGAUGUGGCAACAGGGCAGGAGGUGGCUAUUAAACAGAUCAAUUUGCAGAAACAGCCCAAGAAAGAGCUGAUAAUUAAUGAGAUCUUGGUAAUGAAGGAGCUAAAGAACCCCAACAUAGUCAACUUCCUGGACAGUUACCUCGUAGGGGAUGAGUUAUUUGUGGUGAUGGAGUACCUGGCUGGAGGCUCUCUAACAGAUGUGGUCACAGAGACGUGUAUGGAUGAAGCACAGAUUGCUGCUGUCUGCAGAGAGUGCUUGCAAGCUCUUGAGUUCCUCCAUGCCAACCAGGUCAUCCACAGGGACAUAAAGAGUGACAAUGUGCUGUUAGGAAUGGAUGGAUCAGUUAAAUUAACCGACUUUGGGUUCUGUGCCCAGAUCACCCCCGAGCAGAGCAAGCGCAGCACCAUGGUGGGAACUCCCUACUGGAUGGCUCCUGAGGUGGUCACACGCAAAGCCUACGGCCCCAAAGUGGACAUUUGGUCCCUGGGCAUCAUGGCCAUUGAGAUGGUGGAAGGAGAGCCCCCAUACCUCAACGAGAACCCCCUGAGGGCUUUAUAUUUGAUAGCAACUAAUGGCACCCCAGAACUCCAGAACCCCGAGAAACUGUCCCCAAUAUUCCGGGAUUUCUUGAACCGAUGUUUGGAGAUGGAUGUGGAGAAAAGAGGAUCAGCCAAAGAAUUGCUACAGCAUCCCUUCUUGAAACUGGCCAAACCUCUGUCCAGCUUGACGCCACUGAUCCUGGCAGCCAAAGAAGCAAUGAAGAGUAACCGCUAACAUCCUGCCACAGCCUUCUUCCUUUUUUUUGUUGUUUGUAUUUUACAAAUCUUUAUAAUAUAUGAAAUUGUUACACUUCGGGGGGGAGGGAAGGGGUUCUUGUGGGGGUGGGAAAUGUCUGCAAAAGGGAAGAAACUCUCAUCCAGAAGACACCCAAAAUCCAUUGUGGCGACUCUAGAGAUCCCUGUCUGGGGUCCAGAAGGAAUUGAGGGCUGAAUUACUGGCCUUUGUGGGGUUUUUGUAUUCUGAUUUUUGUUUCCCAGACAGCCCAGAAAUACCACUUGCUGUGCCCGGGGCUUUAAGGGGUGUUAACGACUUUGCUGUAACAGCUCCCGUUGUACCCUCAGGGUACUUUCAAUACUUGAAUGACAGAUUCAAGCUUUCAGAGAGCAGUACUAAUUUUACCUGCUGAUCUCUUUGACUCUCCUCUUCCUCCCCUCUACCUGCAAUCCCUGUGGGAAGCUCCCAGUGACCAGAUUCACGGCAGGUGUGGCCAAUGUGAAGGUACAUCUUGCCCCUCAUUUCUUGUUCGGAUUAGCUGGCGCUGUACUGUAGAAUCAACAGCUCGGUUACUUAAGGAAUCACAAUGUAUGGAGAUGGUUUUCACUUGUAAAGAAGAAUAAGGAGAGAGAGAGAGGGGGAAGAGAAGUAUUCAGCUGUUUCUCAUGCCUGUGCUCUGUGGACAUUUCUUUUUAAUCAAAAAUGUGGCCUCUUUGUAGAACUGUAAUGAUCGGUCAAGUCUUUGGAUGUGGGUUAUGGAUGUGUAGGUUGGGGUCAGAUACUUUAUUUAUGAUCAAAUGAUCAGUUCUAGUCAGGGCAAGAAAAAAUUCCAGCUGUCUUCCUGUCUGCUCUUUUUUCCCCUGUUAGACUUGCUGGCCAGAAGCUUGAGGGAUAACGUGCUUGGUGCAGUGGGUGGUUCACAAACAUGUAUCUGUGCUCUGACUUGGGCUUUGGAAGUUAUGCUGGUGCCUUUGACUUUUUUUAUUUUACAUUUCCCUUCUUUGUAUCAAAUACAUUUUUGUAUAUGUUGUAAUUUCCCCCCUUCUCCCCUCCCCCCCGCCAAGCAAAUAAUGCAUCAACCUAUGGAGUUGUCAGAGUUUAAAGUAUUAGAGCUAUUUUUUUCCAGUUUUGUAUGUGCUCCAUUUGUACUAAUGAAACCAGAAGAACAAAUAACCAGAUCUGAGGACACUGACGAUACAGGAUUUUGGAAACACGAUCUGAACAGAUGACCAUGAACACCUGGAGAUGCCAAAGCUGUGAGAUGAAGCAGAGGGGAAGCAGUGCUGUCAGACCAUCAUGGGCCUGUUGGACUGGCUGGUGUCACUCUGAUCCUUGUCACCUGCUAGCCAGGAUGGCUGCAAUCAACCCUUCAACACCACAAAAAGUGUCUCCUUCUGAAGGACAGCAACAGCCUGAGCAGUUGAGUUCUUGGAGUGUUGCCAGGGUUGGGUUGAGCAGAGCCUGUGCCCCUUCUAAUGCUGCAGUCUGUGCAUUUCAACCUCCCCAAGUGUUUAAGGAAGAGCCAAGUAGUACCAAUGUGCCAAAUGAGCCUGUGAAAGAAAAACCAUGACUUCAGUGUGAUUGUAUUGCAUUCCCAGUGGGGCAGGGCCUGGGACAGACAGAGCUAUGGUUGGGUGUGGAUGGAGGACCCUGAAUAAAAAUUUUUGCACACUUUUCCAAACAUUGCUGGCAGGGGAUAGAAGUCAUUUUCAGAGAAUCUGUAUAGAGAGUGACAUUUUGGGGACUGGUGGCCAAGGUAUGACGAACUUCCAGGACAGCAGAGGCAGUUUGGGGGAAUGGUGGAGAGGAGCAGGGCUGGGGUCCCACAUAGUUAUCUUAACUACUCACAGGGAUUAAUCUCUCUAGCUGUAAGUGUGAGAACAGUUAUGGCUUUAAAUUGUAAAUUCAAGGAAGUGUCUCAUGCCAGGUUAGGAAAUCCAAGUGCAUUUGCCUGCAAAAAAGUUUAUUAUGAGCUGUGGACACUGUAACCCCCCUGGAUUGAGUGUAUCCUGGCUCCCUGAUCAAAUGGAGCAGUGAGGAGGCUUGGCUGAGGAAAAAAACCUGUUGGACCAGUGGUUCCCUCUUUGUCCAUUGCUGGCAAUGGACUUGGUAAAACUCCUUGUGCCAGAGUUAAACUGGGAGCUUUUCUUUCUUUCAUCUUUUUGUUUUGUUGUUUUUUUUGUUUUGUUUUGUUUUUGUAAUGGCACAAUCUAGAUAAAUUUAGCUUUUUUAAAAUAGAAAACAAGAAAUCAUAAGUAAUUUUAACUUAUUAGUUUCCUUUUAUUGGUGAAUGAACGGUUUAAAACAUAUGUUGCAAAUUUUGUCCAAUUUAGCCUGCUAAGGAGAUGAUUUCUGAAGAUUCAGCCAUCCUAAUGCACAGAACUUGGCCCAAUCCCAAGUUCCCAAACUGUGUGUGUGACUGGGACAGUGUGCAGGUGCCAGCAUCUCCCGGCCCCAUGCAGCAGCUGUUCUGUGGUGAGGUUUCCAUGGGAUCAGAGGUGGGGCUGGCAGGACAGGAGGGCCAGGAGAAGGUUUUUGUGUCUGGAGGGUCAGGCAUCGUUUUUCUGCAAGGUGAGAAGCUCCAAGGUGUGGGUUUUCCCUUUUCCCUGGUGGGAGCAGAGCAGAGUCCUUGUGUGGCUGCAGGGCUGUCAGCUCUGCUGGGGCACUGGGGCAGUGGAGACCAGCCAGAGCUGGAGGAAAUGAUGGGAAGGGAUGAGUUGCAUCCAGAUGUGGGGAUUGCAUCUUGGUGCCCACCCAGGAUGCUGAGUGGGGAUCCGAGUGCACACAAUCCCUGAAGUGUUGGCAAGCUUGUGGCUGAGGUGAGAGUGUGCAGGGAGUGUGAGAUUCCUGGGAUGUUGUUAUCACAGAACAAACCAGAGUUCUUAUUAAAAAACAGCCAUGGGAAUGAGCACUUUGCCCUGCCUUUGGUUAAUGAGACUAAUUGGAGCUUCACCCCCUGGCUCUCUGUGCAGGGAGGUGCAAAGGUUUGGCUUCAGCAGAUGGGUCCCAUUGUCAGAGGGGUGGGGAGGGAGUAAAAACGUGAUUAAGGGUCUCUCCAGCUGGAAUUGAGUCAACAAAUCUCUCUGGUCUGUUUUUCCCUCUGUUCCUUAUGCUCUUGAUGGGAAUGGAAGUAGGUGCAAGCUUUCUUUUUAUUUUUUUAACUGUCUUCAGAUGUUAAUGUUGCCUUUUGUGUAAUUUAAUCCCAUUAUGUUAUUUAAUUGUUACUGCAAUAUUAACUACUGUAUUUGUUGACUUCGUUUAAUAA